AUGCGUUACGCUGUUGCUGCCCUCGCCCUCGCCGGUGCCGUCAUGGCCACCGAAGAGCCCGCCUCCACCGUCUUCUCCACCAAGUACUUCACCAUCACCUCCUGCGCUCCCGAGGUCACCAACUGCCCUGCCCGCAGCACCGUUGUCUCCUCCAGCGUCGAGGCCUUGACCACCUCUACCAUCUACACCACCAAGGUUAGCACCGUUACCUCCUGCGCCCCCGAGAUCACCAACUGCCCGGCCCACUCGACCGUUGUUGUUACCAAGACCGAGGCCAUCUCAACCACUGUUUGCCCUGUUACUGAGACCGGAGUCAAGCCCAGCGCCACCGCCCCCGUCGUCGUUGUUCCUCCCCCCUCCGGCGGCAACGGCACCGUCCCCGCCGUUCCCAGCAAGUCCGAGGCUGUUCCCCCCGCCAAGCCCACCACCGAGAGCGGUGCUAAGCCCGUCCCCGUCACCACCGGCGGCGUUGCUCCCUCCGUCUCUGUCCCCGCCACCCUGGCCACCAGUGCUGCUGCCACCUGCGGUGGUGUCUCCGUCAAGACCAUCUCUACCAGCGUCACCACCGUCAUCCCCACCGUCAUCUACGAGACUGUCCAGGUCCCUUGCCCUACCCCCAGCAAGCCCUCUGCCACUAUCCCUGGUGUCCCUACCGGUGGCAACGGAACGUGA